ACUCGGUCCAUUAGUACAGGCGCAGAGGGUCAUGGGAAUGAGGAGUCUGCGGGCAGACCGGGGGUACAGGCCGCGCCUGGACUGGAUCUUCCUGUGCAGGUUUUUGAAGAUUCAGACCGUGCUGUUUCCACGAUGGACGUCUCCCACCACGCUGAUGUUGUUCACGCUACUGGUAGUUGCACUUACAGGGCAGCUGGUGAUAUAUCAGGUCGGCAUCCUGCCCAGUCAGUUCUAUGGAGUUCUGUCGGACCGGGAUCUGUCAAGCUUCAAACAAUUGGUCAUCCUGUCCGUAAUUCUGAUCCUCGUUAAUUCCAUGCUGCGCAGCGCUGAGCAGUACAUCAGUAAGCUGGUCUACGUCAACUGCCGCAAAGUGAUGACACAACAUCUGCACAGACUGUACUUCAACAAACUAGUCUAUUACUCGCUGAGUGUACAGCAUGCGCACGUGGAUAACCCAGAUCAGCGAAUGGCUCAGGAUGUGGAGCGUCUGUGUCGGGAGCUUGGCACUUUCAUCAGCAAAAUCCUGAUAACGCCCUUCACUCUGGUGUAUUAUUCCUAUCAAUGUACUGUCAGCACAGGGUGGAUGGGGCCAGUGUCUAUCUUCGGAUACUUUCUCGUUGGAUCUUUGCUGAACAAACUUCUGAUGGGUCCCGUUAUUCCCAAACUUGUUCAACAAGAAAAGCUAGAGGGAGAUUUCCGGUAUAAGCACGUACAAAUCCGUGUGAACGCAGAGGCGGCAGCAUUCGCCAGGGCUGGCCCAGUGGAACACGCGAGAUGUGAGCGCCGGCUACAGAAUCUCAUCGCCACGCAGAAGGAGCUCAUGUAUCAGGAGCUAUGGUUGGAUUUUGGAACAAACACUUUUGACUAUCUGGGCGGUAUUCUGAGUUACAUAGUCAUCGCCGUCCCAAUCUUUACUGGCGUCUACAGGGAUAUGAGCUCUGCGGAACUCAGCGAAAUGAUCAGUAAGAAUGCUUUUGUUUCCAUUUAUCUGGUCAGCUGCUUCAGUAAGAUCAUCGACCUUUCCAGCAGUCUGUGUGACGUGGCGGGAUACACCCAUCGGAUUUCCGAGCUGGAGGAGGUGAUGACGGAUCUCUUACGGGGCCCAAAAGAGCUUGAGAAUGAUACGUGUCCGAAGCAAGAGGAGGAUGUGUCCACCGAAGAGCAGACAAAGGACACUGACGCAGUGUUUGUCUUAGACAAUGUAACGAUUACAGCCCCGGGGUCAGAUUGUACGCUUGUGCGGGACCUGAGUUUACAUCUGAGUGAGGGGAAUAACCUCCUGAUCACAGGAGACACAGGCAGCGGGAAGUCAUCCAUUCUCCGUAUAUUAGCCGGGCUGUGGAAGGCCAAGCGUGGUCGGAUUUCUCUUUUCACUCCGUUCGGCCCUCAUGGCGUAAUGUUUCUGCCUCAGAAGCCAUUCUUAAGUGAUGGAAGCUUGAGGGAGCAGGUCAUCUACCCAAUGAAAGAGAUUUACCCGAAUUCUGGCCGAGUUGAUGAUGACAGGAUCCUGAGCUCGCUGGAGAUGUCAGGGCUGACAUCUUUAGUACACAGAACCAGGGGGCUGGACCAUGAAGUAGAAUGGAACUGGUCGGAGGUUUUGUCGCCUGGGGAGAUGCAGCGUUUGGCUUUUUCUCGGCUUUUUUAUCUGCAGCCGAAAUAUGCAGUGCUGGACGAGGCGAGCAGCGCGCUAAGUGAGGACGCCGAGGUCGAUAUGUACACACGCUGCAGGCAGCUGGGGAUGACCCUGAUCAGCGUUGGACACAGGCGCAGCCUAAAGGAGUUUCAUGACGUGGAGCUGAAACUUGGGCCAGACGGACAGUGGGAUCUGAAACGGCUGAACAAGCAAUAGCCUCAGCCAGCGAGAAUAGCCGGAGCUGAAGGCGAGAGGUUACCAGGACUGUGCUGUGCCUCUUUAGCCUGCUGUAGUACAACUGACAUCGGGGUUUGGGGAAAGUGGACUCUUGUUUCCUAUUAAACAUCAUUUUUUAUUA